GGAAUCGGCCGCUCGGGGAGGCGCCAUUUUGAGCGAGUAGGAGACGCUGCAGGGAUACGCGCCGGCUCGGCUCCAAUCCGCCCAUCGCUCGCUCCUCGCUCUUCUCCCGCAAGUCUGGUCGCGCGACAGCAAUGGAGGUGUACAUGGAACCAGCCCAGGUACCGCAGGACGCCCUAGCGGCGGCGGCACAGCUGGAGUUGGGAGGGGCGCCGCAGACCCUGACAAUCCGACGGCCCUUCAACCCCGUCGCCCACGACCUGGACGCCAACUUCCGACUCACGAGGUUCGCCGACCUGAAGGGAUGAGGCUGCAAGGUCCCUCAGGAGGUGCUCACGCGACUCCUGGAGGGGCUGCAGGACGACGGCGCGGGGCACGAGCAUGACCCCGCGACCCACUUCAUGCACAUGCCCAUCACGCGCAUCGGCAUUGGCAUGGAUGCAAGUGUAACUCCACUACGUCAUGGUGGCCUUUCCCUCGUUCAAACCACAGACUUCUUCUACCCUCUGGUAGAUGACCCUUACAUGAUGGGUAAAAUUACUUGUGCUAAUGUACUAAGUGAUCUUUUUGCAAUGGGUGUAACUGACUGCGACAACAUGCUUAUGCUUUUGGGCGUCUCCACCAAAAUGACAGAAAAGGAAAGAGACGUUGUUGUGCCUCUUAUGAUGAGAGGUUUUAAGGAUGCUGCUCUAGAAGCUAACACAUCUGUGACAGGUGGCCAGACUGUGAUGAACCCCUGGUGUACCAUUGGGGGUGUUGCUACAACUGUAUGUCAGUCCAACGAGUUCAUUGUCCCAGAUUGUGCAGUUGUUGGUGAUGUUCUGGUGCUCACAAAACCUCUAGGAACUCAAGUUGCUGUUAAUGCACAUCAGUGGUUAGACCAGCCUGAGAGAUGGAAUCGCAUCAAGCUUGUUGUCUCAGAGGAGGAUGUUCGCAAAGCUUACCAGAGAGCUAUGGACUCCAUGGCACGUCUCAAUAGAACAGCUGCUAGAUUGAUGCACAAAUACAAUGCUCAUGGUGCUACAGAUGUAACAGGAUUUGGUCUUCUUGGCCAUGCCCAAAACUUGGCAAGAAAUCAGAAGAAUGAAGUAUCUUUUGUCAUCCAUAAUCUUCCUAUCAUUGCUAAGAUGGCAGCAGUUGCAAAAGCAUGUGGAAAUAUGUUCCAUCUUUUACAGGGGUUGAGUGCAGAAACCUCGGGAGGCCUCCUGAUUUGUCUGCCCCGUGAACAGGCUGCAGCGUAUUGUAAAGACAUUGAGAAACAAGAAGGAUAUCAAGCAUGGAUUAUCGGCAUUGUAGAGAAAGGAAAUCGAACAGCCCGCAUUAUUGACAAGCCGCGGGUUAUUGAAGUUCCAGCGAAAGAAAAAGAUGGGGAACUGUGGUAGGGAAAUCCCACUUGGAAGUUGCUGAGAGAUCAUCUUCAUAUCGCACAUGUGACAAUGGAUGGAUAUAGUUAUGAUGUACUCAUUCAGUAAUUUUCACGUUAUAUAUAGAAUACAUUGUGAUCAAUCCAU